AUGCAGAGGGUCGUGCGCUGUGUGAGGAGCGAGCCUCCCUGCUGCCCCCAGGAGCUCCUCCGGGUCGUCUCCGGAUUCUCUGCAAUCCAAAUGUGUCCAUUCUGGCUGAAGCCAGAAUCCCCUGAGUGGAAGAAACGGGGGAAAAUUCUUAUUUUCCUUCUGUUUAAACUUCAGUUCCAAAGGUGCACAGAUGUAUUCAUAAAGGAAGACAUUAGAUCCAGCCAUUGUGGCCACCAGGCUCUGUGGACCCAUCUCAGUGGAGAAUUUGUUUUGGACCCAUGGCUCCGUGCAGCUGUGGACCCGAGGACUAGUGCUGUCCACUGGUGUGAGUCUUGUGGGGGGGCCGCAGGAAAACGUUCUGUGCCAAGUGCCGCCUCGCUGUGUCCGGCCUGAGGCUGCACUGGAGGGUCCGGCGUGAAAGGCAGACCUCCUGUACCUCUAUCGUUCCCAUUUGUGUCAUCCAAAGGCAGAAGGCUCAUGGCUUCCCCACUAGAGGCGGCGUCUUGGGCUUUCCCAUUGGAUUUUGAAAGGCAUUAAGACUGAUUGGAGAUGUUGGGUGUAUUUCGUGUCACAUCAGUUUGUAUGAUGAUGAAUAAAAGGUGCUGUGACCCGUGUUUUCAA